AUGUCAUUAUCAUUUUUUUGGUUUUUGAUGUAGUUGGCACCCACCUAAGCUUGGAUUGAAGCGUAUUUCUCAGGUUUUUAAGGAAAACUACAACAAGCCUUGGCUGAGUUUUGAUGAGGCAGAUGAUGAUAUUCGGAAAAUAUGGUGGACUGAGUGGAGGAAAUGCUUUGACAUUAUUGAUACGGAAGAGGAUGAUAUCUAUCAAGCUUGGAGGUUUAGGGCUGCCAAGCGCUUGCGAGGUAUGCUCCAUGCCAUUCGCAAAAAAGGUGCCCGUCCAUAUUGGAUCCCACCAGAAGUUCUUGGUGAAUUGAUGAGACAUUGGAACACUGAUGCCUAUAGACAAUUACAGGCGAGAAAUACAGCUGCCAGGAAAUCGACUCGAGGUACUUCUCUUCACACUGCAGGAGGCACCACCUUUCCAGAAGCGAGGUUACGCUUAAAUCAUUCGCUUGGAAGACAAUCACGUAUGGAUGAGUUUUUUGAGCACACUCAUACUCGCAAAGAGGAUAGGACUCAAUGGGUUGAUGAACACUCCCGAAAGACAAAGGAUAUAUUUCAAGAGCGUAUGUUUCAGGCUGACUAUAAGUCUAAACGGAAUGGACGUCGAUUUUAUUAG